AUGGCUCUCAAGCGCAAGCGCUCCGCCUCCGAGCUCGUCACGCUCUUCAACUCACCCGCCCGCUCCGACUCCAGCGUCGAGUCCUUCGACUUCCCGAUUUCUCCCAGCCUGGCCUUUCCCCACGGAAUCGCGACGCCAUCACAUCUUGACAGCCGAACCAGGAAACGGUUCCGCGAUAACCGCCCUUCGCAGGAGGAGGUUCAUCAACGCACACUCCAGAUGCUAUACUCCGCCCAACAACAAGAUCAAAGCAUGGAAACCGAGCUUUCAUCGUCACCUGCCCCUGCUCCUGCCGUCGCACGCAACACACAAAAGUCUCUCCACAGCUUCUGGAACAUCAAGUCCGCGCAACCUCCCGUGUCAAGGAUGGCCAGCCCGCCGGUCCACCAGAGAGCGUUAAGCCUCACGAGCUGCGAGGAUUGCGGUGCCGACCUUGGCUCAGCGGAUGCUGAUGGCAUGGACAUCAACGGAUGCGAAAGGGACAACGCCUGCGGCGCGUCAAGUCGUGGGUGA